CAUUGCAGACCCCCCCCCCCCCUCCUUCCCCUCUCUCUCUAUAUGCCCUAAAAAUCCAAUAUAAAGAACACCCUUUUCUUUUACAUAGCCGCUAUAUCUCUUCUCAGUUCUAACACUCUGUUUUAUCAAACCAUUUUCCCCCAUUUUUCUUGCUCAAGAUUCAUCCUUUUAUAUCUGAAAAUGUUUUGUUAAAACACAGAUUUUGAUAUACUACUAAAGAACGAAACUUUGCUUUGUUUAAGUGAAGAUUGAUACUCAGAUAAAGUUUUUUUAUUGAGGUAUUUAAAUGGCACCGAGUAUGGAUUGUGCAGUUUCUAGUCUUUUAUGUGCAGAAGACAACAACAGUAUUUUUUACAAUGAGGACGAUGAUGAUUUUGGAUUUGUUGAGGAAGACAGAUGGUAUUCUAGGAAUCAUCGAAAUGGUCAAGAAAACAACAAGAGGUUGUUUUAUGGGGAAGAAUCUUUGACUGGUAUUCCAUUACAGAGUGAAGAGUGUUUAGCUUUGAUGAUUGAAAAAGAAAGUGAACAUAUGCCUGCUGUUGAUUACUUUGAUAGAUUGAGAAAUGGUGAUUUGGAUAUUGGUGCUAGAGAUGAGAUUCUUGAUUGGAUUGCUAAGGUUCAUUCACAUUUCAGUUUUGGGCCAAUGUGUGCAUAUUUGGCUGUCAACUACCUUGAUAGAUUUCUUUCUGCAUAUGACUUACCUAAGGGUAAAGCUUGGAUGAUGCAGUUACUUGGUGUAGCUUGUUUGUCUCUUGCUGCUAAAAUGGAGGAGACUGAUGUUCCUCUAUCUCUAGAUUUACAGGUUGAGGAUGCAAAGUUUGUAUUUGAAGCAAGAACUAUACAAAGAAUGGAACUCCUUGUGUUGAGCACAUUAAAAUGGAGAAUGCAGGCUAUAACCCCACUCUCAUUCACUGAUUAUUUUCUAAAGAAGAUAACUGAUGAUCAAAUUGCCUCAAGAUCUUUAAUCAAUAAAUCAGUACAACUCAUAUUAAGCACACUUAAAGGAAUUCACUUCUUGGAAUACAAGCCUUCUGAGAUAGCAGCAGCAGUGGCAAUCUCAGUUGCAGUAAAAACUGAGACAAUAGACAGUGAGAAAGCAAUAUCUGCUCUAGUUCAGCAUGUACAAAAGGAUAAAGUGAUGAAAUGUGUUGAAUUGAUUCAAGAAUUAUCAUUACCAAGUGAUUUUAUUAAAGGACCAAGUGCACCAAUUCCAUCUGUUCCUCAAAGUCCAAUUGGUGUGUUGGAUGCUGCAUGUUUAAGUUACAGAAGUGAUGAAUCAGGAGUUGGAUCAUGUGCUAAUUCUUCACAUAGUAGUCCCAUUGCUAAGAGGAGAAAGCUAAAUGACACAAAAAUGGAUGAAUGUUGAGUGGAAAGCCUUUUGGUUGAAUGAGAGUUCGGUGUGAUAUUUGAGAAUGCACCCCUCAAACACAACUUCAAAUAAAGAAAGUAAAUGGUGGUGGGGUGGGGGGUGGGGCGGUGGAGAUUGUAAGUAGUUGGAUCAUUUUGGUGGCUGAAGAUUGGAGAUAUAGUCAAGAGGUUUCAUGCCAUUAACAUGAAAAGAAACUGGAGCUGUUAAAUAUUAGACAUCUUAACAGCUAAAGCAGCCAGAAACAAUUAGGCAGAAAUAGAAGAAAAAAAAAAAGAAAAAAGAAGAGAAACUCUUAUAGUAUGUCUUGCUUUUGAGUUAGAUAAAGUUUGUUUUUAGGGUUGAGGGCUUGCAUUUAUUUUAAGGUUUAAAAAAAAAAAGAACCAAAAAAAUAGGUGGUGGAAGUUGAAACCCCAAAGAGAAAAUUUUGAGUGUCAUUUUAUUUGUGUCAUUGUGCACUUUUGAUUUGUGUAAAUACUUUAUGGUUUCUUUAUGAAAUUCUAAACUAUACAGUCCAGUAAUAUCUCA